GGGAGCCUGGCCACCUCAGUUGUGUUCUUGCAGACAUAGGUAAGGUACCUAGGUACACCAUGUGCCAUCUUUUACUUCACAUGGAUGAAAGGACAGAUGUUCUUUAUCCUAAAACUUGAUCCAUUUGCCCGUGGGCAAAGCGUCUUCUUGAAGUGUUUGUACAGAAAGGUCUUGCAUUUCAUUGUCCUUUCCUCUCAAGUUGUUUCGUCCUGCAGUGAGACGUCUAAUUCCUUCUUUCCCGCGAAACACGGAGCGAGCCGUUUGGUGCAGGCGAGCAUUCCCGUCGACCUUUCAGGCCUGGUCAGCAAAAGUUUAGCGAAGAAACCGCACGAGCCAGGCGACCAAGGUAACACCAAACACAGCACUACUGGGAUGCGUUACAGGCUCCCGUCCCUCCCCACAACAACAGGCAACACCCCCCAGCCGGACAGCAUCGAAACUGAAAGCAUAGUACACAACCCACCUGCACCUUCACCAGGCGAAGCAUCAGCACCUGCGAUUGUUGACAAAAUUUUCGAGCAAAACAAGACCCGCAGUUUGGCGUCAGCACUGCACUGUGUCUGGAUUCUCCUCUCUCCUUCCACUUGCAGGCGAACGCUCGGAACAGCGACAAACCCCUCGCAUCGCCAUCCCCAUCCAUCCCUCUCUAUCCAUCGCAAUCGUCUCAAGACGGACCGCAUCGAUACCAUCCAUCCACCAACCGCCAUCACCUGGCAUCCAGAUCCCACCCACGGCUCUGCAUCUGCGCCUCGCCUCCGCGGUUCGAUCUGAUCUCACCGAAAGCAAAUCGAGUCUUGCCCCGAUUAAGAUUCAAGGUUGCUGUGGACCGUGAACCUUGGACUCCCGCCCCCCGCUUGUUCCACGCAGCAAAACUUUAGUUGCAUCAAGCCCAG